AUGGCCACAGUGGCCGUGCAGCCGGGAGCUCCCGCCCCGCCAUCACAAGGAAGAAGAAGGCGCCGUCCACAGCGCAGUAAAGCGCUGUGGACGGCGGUGCGAAGCCUGCGGCGAGAGAUGCAGCUACAUCGGCGAUGGACGAGUAGAAGCCGUUCGAGAAGCAGGAAUCGGAAUCGACCAAGAAGAAGAAGUCGAAGUAGAAGUGAGGACGCGGCUGCUAGACGAGGACGGGCUCGCCAGCGAACCCGUACCCGUAGUAGAAGCCGUACCCGAAGUAGGGCCAGGAGGCCCGAGUCGUCGUCCCCGGUACGAGGGGACGGCGGCAACGAGGAGCUAUAG